CGGCCAGGAGGAUGAAGAAAUGUCUAAGGAAGACGAGGAGGAAAAUGCUGAAGCAGCGGAAGAAAAUGAGCAAGAGAACCACGAAGAACCAGCUGAAGAAGAUGAAGAAAAAACAAACGAUGCACAAGAAGAAACAGAAGAACAGCCGCCUGAAGAAAAAGAAGAAGAUAAGGAAGAAGAGUCAGCUGAGAAUAAAGAUGAAAAUGAGGAUCAAGAGGAAGAAGCGGAAAAAGAGCCAGAGGGCGAAAAAGAAUCAAAAGAUGAAAAACAACAAACUCAAACUGUUAACGAAACAACUGCAAAUGUAACAAAGGACUCAGAAGCUGAUGAUGAUAAACUUGAAAGCAAAACUGAAAAGGAACUGGAAGAGAGUGGUGAGAGUAACGGUCAUAAAACCGACAAUGAUCAUGAAGAUAUCAAGAUGAGUAAUGAGAAAGAUGCUCAAGAGAGUUUAGAAAAAGAUGAGAAUGAAACUGAUGCUUUAGCUGAAAACGUAGUUGAAAAAGACAGAGAUGAAAGUAAUAAAGAAAAAGAUGAGAAAAAGAAUGAGUCAGACAGUGAGGAUCAUAGUAACGAAGCUUUAAAUGAGAAAACAACUGAGCAAGAAAUUGGAGAUUUAGAUCAGAAAAUAACGGAGCACGAGCUUAACGAAGAGAGUAAGAAAACUUUCGAUGAGAAGAAAAGUGAACAAGAAAAGAGUGAAGUUAGUGUCGAUGAGAAGACAAUUGAGCAAGAAAAGAACGAAAAUAUUUUCGAUGAGAAUAAAAGUGAACAAGAAAAGAGUGAAGCUAGUUCCGUUGAAAAGAAAAAAGAGCAAGAAGAGAAUAAAGAUAGUUCCGAUGAGAAAACUAAUGAGCAAGAACAGAGCGAAAUUAGUUCCGAUGAAAAUACAAAAACUUUAAAUGAGGAACAAAAAUCUGAAGAAAAGGAGAUCACAAAAGAUGAAGAGAAAGAUGGAUUGGAAACUGAUCCAGACAUUAAAGCAAAUGAGAUAAAUGACAAAGAAAAAGAAGAGAAAGAGAAAGAAAGUGAUGACAAUGAAGACGAUUCUAAAACCAUAGGGGAAGCUUUGACAGACAUCAAGGACGAAGUAAAAGAUAAUGUCAAAUAUUUGGCUAAUCAGAUUAAGAGUGUGUUUAGCGGCAAAGAUGAAGAGAAAGAGAAGGAUAAAGAAAAUAAAAGCGAAAAAGAUGAUUUGAAGAUAAAUGGACAAUCAAGUGAUAAUAAAGACAUAAAAGAAAAUGAGAAAAAAGAAGAUGGAAGUCUUAAAGUGGAAGAAGAAAACAUAGAAGAAAGAAAAGAAGAUAAUGAUAAAACUCUAAACGAAAAUAAAGAUAAAACGGAUAAAACAGAAAAUGAAAACGAAAAUGAAGAAAAGUUGGAAAGUACAAAUAAAGAAGAAACUAAAACAGAAGAUAAAGAAACAAAAGACAGUAAUGAAGAAACAAAAGACAGUAAUGUUCAAGAAAAAACAUCUUCGACAUCGAAUGUUGAAAAAACUGAGGACAAACCAAUGUUCAAUGACACAACAGAAAAUGAUCAACAACAUACACAAUCAACCACAGAUGCCCCAACAAACGAUAAUGAAAAUUCCAAUAGUUCAAACGAAAACAAUAAACCAAAAACACCACCAACAACUACAGCUCCCAAAACUCCACCAAAAGAAUCUCCCAAAAAAGAAAAUGAUAAGACUGACGAAGAUGAAAAUAAUAAUACUAACAAAUUGAGCAAUGAACUAGCAACAACAACAAAUGGAAUAGAAGAACCCACCAAACCGAGUACAGCAGAUGGCAUAAUCGAUGAACAGUUCAAGGAACUUAACAAAUCUCUAGAAGAAUACAAAAAAGCUGAAGAAACUUUCCUGGAAGAGAAGGAAAAAGAUAUAGGUGAAAAGUUAGAAGAAAUGACAGACAAUCUUAAGGAAAAUGUUAAAGAUAUGGCUGACAAGGUAAUGAGUGUAUUUACAACGACAAGCCCCACAAAAGAUGAAAGCGAAAAAUUGCAAAAUGAAUCCAACGAUGUUAUCGUCCACACUGAAAGUCCCCAAAAAGAAACAUCCAACAAAAAGGUAGUAAAAGAUGGCGAGAGUAGUGAUGAAGAUGAGGUACAAUUUGGCACUCUCGAACCCGAAGUAAAAGCAGAAAACGUAGAAGAAACGAAUGAGAACAAUGAAGCUGAAACGAAUAAUGAAGCUGACAACGAAACACAAAAUCAGGAAGAAACUGAAAAUGAACCCGAACCUAAAACUGAGACAGAACCGGAGCCCGAGCCUGAGUCUGUCGAGGCAAAUGAUAUUAAAAAUAGUGAACCUAAUAAUGAAGAAAAUCUUGACGAAGAGGAACUAGAUGGAGAAGGUUCGCCCACCUCUUCACUGGCCAUAGAGGGUUUCGUGCAAGGCGAUGCUGAAGAUAAUACAGUUCAGUCACAAACAGCUGCUUAUGUUCAUGACGAUGAAGAUACACGCAUUCAGAGUAUUAUUGCCUCCGGCGAUAUGGAACAAUUGGCACAAAUUGUUUUAAACGGUGAUGGCCAGAAGUUGUUAAAUGUGGAAGCAGCAGAACCGGAAAUACAAGCAUUUCUAAAAAAUGUACCCAAUUAUAUGAAUAAAAUACGUCGUGUUCACGAAGCCUCACGUAAUGGCAGUCUUUUAAAUCUACAGCAGGCCUUAGAUCGUAGAAAGUUUGCCAUUGCCAAAGAUGAAAUCUCACCAAAUGGUGCCACUCCUUUACAUGUGGCCGUCUUAUUUGGUAAUAGUGAUAUUGUACGCUAUUUGUCUGCCCGCUUUCCCGAAACUACAACAGUAGCCGAUAAUGAUGGUCGGACCGCUUUACAUUAUGCUGCCGUUAUUAAUGAUAAUGGUCAUUUUUAUAAUGUUCUUCUACAAUUGGGUGCUAAUCCUAAAGUCGUUGAUAAGAUGGGUCACACACCUGAAGACUAUUUAAGUAAAGAAGAACUAAAGGAUACUUUAAGCUAUAAAGAGUUAUUAAAACGUUUUGGUGCUGAGGAAUUGGAGGAAAAACUUUUAAGUGACCAAGAAUUGCUAGUUAAGAAAACGUAUUAA